AUUUGAAUUUCUUUCAAAGUAAACUCAUUCUCCAUGGUCACAGCCAGAAAGCAUCUUGCUUCACAGCUGAAGCAAUCGUUUCUCCAUCUGAAGGUAUUCUCUUCAAAGUGAGGCUGUUUGCUCCCAUCAUUUGUACAGGCCUUGCUGAAACUUUGGUUUUGAUUGUACUGAAGAAAAACCAAAAGCGUUUUCAAGGAACAUUGUUCUUUCAAGGAUUGUAAGCAUUCAGAUUUCAUUCAGAGGCAGCAGUAUUUUUCCAUCAAGUCCCCAGCAGGUGCUCCACUCGGAAAAAAAGGAAACUAUUCCAAGUAACAGAUCAAUUUUUCUGGGAAAUCAAAUCUGAGUAAUAUCUUCGCCUUAGCACUAAGAUAGGAAGAAAUGCGGACAGAUAGAGCUCAUGAAUUGAUUAAGAUUCUGGGACAUGGUGGCAAUGCACCUGAAAAUAUCACUGAAAACUCCACAAACAACACAGACUGCAUCCAAGUUGUGGUCCCAGAAGAAGUGUUCUUUGCCAUUUCCAUCAUUGGAGUCUUGGAGAAUCUUCUGGUCCUCCUGGCUGUGAUCAAGAACAGAAACCUCCAUUCCCCCAUGUAUUUUUUCAUCUGUAGCUUAGCAGUUUCAGACAUGUUGGGAAGCCUAUAUAAAAUCCUAGAGAACAUCCUAAUCAUCUUCCGGAACAUGGGCUAUCUCAAGCCUCGUGGAGAUUUUGAAACCACAGCAGAUGAUGUUGUAGACUCCCUGUUCAUCCUUUCAUUGCUUGGGUCUAUUUUCAGCUUAUCAGUGAUUGCUGCUGACCGCUACAUUACAAUUUUCCAUGCUCUGCAGUAUCACAGCAUCAUGACAAUGAGACGUGCUAUAAGUAUCUUAGCAGUAAUCUGGGCAUUUUGUACCGGAAGUGGUAUUACCAUGGUCAUCUUCUCCUAUGAUGUGCCUACUGUCAUCUCCUUCACUUCACUGUUCCCUUUGAUGCUCAUUUUUAUCCUGUGUCUCUAUGUGCAUAUGUUCCUACUGGCUCAUUCCCAUGCCAAGAAGAUCACCUCUUUACCCUCAAAUAGAGUGCACCCAAGAGUCAACAUGAAAGGAGCCAUCACACUCACCAUCCUACUUGGCAUCUUCCUUUGCUGCUGGGCCCCCUUUGUCCUCCAUAUCCUUCUGGUGACAUUCUGCCCAAAUAAUCCUUACUGUGCCUGCUACUUGUCCAUCUUCCAGGUGAAUGGAAUGUUAAUUAUGUGUAAUGCCGUUAUAGACCCAAUGAUCUAUGCAUUUCGGAGCCCAGAACUGCGGAGUACUUUCAGAAAGAUGUUCUGCUGUUCUGGAAACAAAUGUAAUUAUUAAUCUUUGAUUCAUAAGGGGCACUUAGCUGAUAUUCACUACUAAGUAGCUAGGUAAUGAUUUUUAAAAGAGUCAUAUGAACAACAAAAGAAAAUUCAGAAGAAAGCCUCCAUUUUGACUGACUGCUCUCUCCAUAUGACAAUUUCUCCCAUGCUCAAGAAUACUGAGGUCCCCAUCAUUCAACAACCAAGGAUUCUUAAGUUGCUUUGAGAUCUCCAAAAAGAAGGAGCAUUCACUUCCAUGUCUUCCUUGCUUACUAACCCUACUGGCCUUAAAAGUCCCUAAAUUGAAGUAACUCAUGUUUUGAAAAUGGAAUUUUCAAACCAGAAGAAAUCUAUUUUAGGACCUCACUAGGUCCUGUUCCACAAAAGAAUCAAGAGAAGAAAAUAAUAUUUUGUGUGGAUAAGACAUUGUUGAUCAUGAUGCUCUUUUUUUUUAAAUCAAAACAGUCAAAGAAAAGAAGAGGCAACUUGAGAAGUCUUGGCUUUUUUAUAAAGAUUUUCCCCUGUAUUCUUAGAUUUAAAGAAACUAAGACAGUGAACAAUGGUGUAAACAACAGACUUCUUAUUAGAGAAUAAAGUUGGAUACAUAAAAGAAAAAUUCUCUGUUGUUAAAAGAGAUGAAUUGUAAAAGAAGGCACAGCCAUUAGAGAAAUUAGUAGAAAAUUCUCGAUUUGGCUAAGUAAGAAGUAAAGUAAUUUAAUUAGCCAAUUUUUGAUUUUUAAUUGUUGGAGGACCAGGUAAGCCAUUUUGUCUUUGACAAAAGCACAUGGAAAAGUAAACUAAAAAGAUGGGUUAGAAAAAUGAAUUCUGAAAAAACCCAAGGGGAAGGAGUAAGGCUCCUAUAUUCAAGCCAAGCCUAAGAACACAAAUUUAGAGAAACAAACAACCCAAAGCCAAUAAUUUUAUUGGUCAUAAUAGUGCAGAAACAUUAUGGCAUCAUAAGACCAUAGAUUUAGAAAGGGAAGGGAACUUGGAGGCCACCAAUCCCAAUAGUUUCAUUUUACAGAUGAGGAAACUGAGGCCUAGUAAGGUGAAGUAUCUUCUCCAGGGUCACACAGGUGUUCUGAAGCACCUGAGAUCAUUCAAACCCAGAUCUUCCAGAAUCCAAAUCCAGUGUUUUAUGUGCUUGGUCAUGUUUUCUCCCACAUGUUAGUGUUUCUUGGAAGAAAAGGGAAAUUGCUGCCAGCGGGGUGAUCCAGAAACCAUUCAGAAAAUGGAAAGACUCAAGAUUAUUACCGUAGUUAUGGCUAAGGCUAAGGAGGUUUUUGUUUUAGUUGUUCUGGUGAAUGGAAGGGUUUUGCUGUAGACGGUUUGUCAAAAGGAGGGGAAGUAAUACAGUGGAGGAGGGUAAAGUAAAAGUCAACAAUGACAUAUUUCCAAAUGACUCAGAUUUCAAACUGGCUAUUUGAGGAGUACAGGGAGACAUAGCUGAAGAAAAGGUUUUAUGGCAUUUUUUUUUCUCUCAAAGGGCAGAAAAAAUCAAUCUAAAAAAAGAAUGGACUUAAACUAUAAUGCCUUGUUUAUUCAGCAUCAAAGGGGCAUGAAGUAUUCCACAUAAAUUAUGUUCCAUAUAACUAAAGCUUAUUCUUUUAAAUGUGAAAACUUUUUUUUAGUUAAACAUUUUUAUGUAAAUAUUCACAGCAUCACAGAAACUCGGAUACAAAAGAGACUUAAAGGAAGGGAUCAAGCAUUUAUUAAUUGCCUACUGUGUGCCAGACACUAUACUAAAUGAUUUACAAAUAUUAUCUAAUUUUAUACUUAAGAUCAAAUCCUUAGACUGCCUCUUAAAACUUCAGAGACAAUCUGAAUCAAUUCACACCGCUAAGUAGCCAUCCAACCUCCACUUGAAAAUGUCCAGGAAUGGAGAACACACCACAUCCUAAUGAUGUCCUGUUGCACUUUUGGGAUAACCCAAUCUUAGGACAUUUUUCUUUACAUGGAACCAAAACCUGCCUUUCUACAAUUGCCACUCAGAGUUGCUAGUUCUGCUUUUUGUGGCCAAGGAGAACAAAUCUAAUCCCUCUUUCUCAUGCUAACACUUCAAAUAGCUGAAGACCAUUAUCAUGCUUCCACUUCUACCAGUACAAAGUCUUCUCUUCCUUAGGCUAAAAACGUCAAGUUUUUUUUCUAAUCCUUCCUCCUAAGGCAUGAACUUAAGGCCCUUCAGCAUUUUGCUUAUCUUCCUUCAGAAGUUGUCCUGCUUGUUAAUGCUUCCUAAAAUGUGGCUCCCAAAAUUGAAAAACGACACUCCAGAUGGUAUCUGACAGCCGUAGAGCAGGAAUAUUAUUUCCCUAGUCCUGGACACUAUUCUUUUCUUAAUGUAACCCACAAUCAUAAUAGAGUCACUUCACUUCACUUGAGUCUUUCCAUUUGCUGAAUGGUUUCUGGAUAACCCCACUAGCAGCAAUUUCCCUUUUGUUCCAGGAAACACUAACAUGUGGGAAUUUCCUCAUCUGUAAAAAGGGGAUAAUAAUAGCACAUACCUCCCAGGAUUGCUGUUGGGAUCCAAUGAAAUAA